AUGUGUUUGGACUGCCGCAAGUUCGGGAUCAUCGAAGUCCCCAGAAUCGCCAUAAGUGCUCGAUUCUUCAUGGACGGCAGUGUUGAAGUCAACCACGGCGCCAGCACGGUUGAAAUUGCCUGGAAAUCUAUCGACGAGUUCAUCCGUUUCCAUACCAUCAUGAUGGUUGGCAGGUCGAACCCUCUUGCAUCUUCAAUUGCACAGAAUACAUGGGCAGCCAAGCUCGAUGAGUUCGAAUACCGGUACAACGAAGUCGAAAAGGUUAUUUCAAGGCACAUAAGGCAGUUUAAGAUGCCACGGCAUCGUCACGGCUACCCGAAACUGAUUAUGGAUAAGGCAGCAGCAGAAAGAGAAGCAGCAGCUGAAAGUGAUCCAUUUCGGUUCUGUUUCCGUAUAGAAGAAGGCCUGGUAUUCAGUAGCAGUGCUCUGCCGCUGGGGCAGUCUAUAUUUGACGAAAAAGAGCCAGAAGUUGUUCCUUUGAAGCCUAGUAUUGAGAGAACUGAAGAGCCUCCAAGGAAGAUAUACGGUCUUCCUGAGCCCAGACUGAACGGCAAACUAAGCAAGAACCGAAAACGAAAACUAGCAAAAACAAAAAGAGAAGCGUUUCCUUUAUAA